AUGUCCGACGAAAUUGUCUGGCAGGUUAUUAACCAGCAAUUCUGCUCUUACAAGCUUAAAACAACAAAAGGCCAAAACUUCUGCCGCAAUGAAUACAACGUCUCCGGUUUAUGCAACCGGCAAUCCUGCCCACUCGCCAACUCGCGGUACGCAACUGUCCGCGCCGACCCCGAGACUGGCGCAAUGUAUCUGUACAUGAAGACCAUCGAGCGUGCCCAUAUGCCAAGCAAAUGGUGGGAGCGUAUUCGUCUUUCAUCAAACUACGCCAAGGCCCUUGAACAGCUAGACGAGCGCAUGAUCUACUGGCCCAAGUUCCUGAUUCACAAGUGCAAGCAGCGCCUAACCAGGCUGACGCAGGUGAAUAUUCGCAUGAAGAAUAUUGCGAAGGAAGAAGAACGUCUUGGCGAAAAGGUUGUGCCGAAGCUUGCACCUAAGGUGCGGAGACGAGAGGACACGCGUGAGCGGAAGGCUCUGUCCGCUGCUAAGGUUGAGAGGGCUAUUGAGCGGGAGCUUAUUGACAGAUUGCGAUCUGGAGCUUAUGGUGAUCGGCCGUUGAAUGUUGAGGAGGGGAUCUGGAAGAAGGUUCUUCGGGGACUGGAGCGUGCGGGUGAGGGUGAGCGUGAUGAAGAUCUUGAUGAUGGGGAGCUUGAGGAUGAAGAGGAAGAGGGUGUUGGUGAGGUGGAGUAUGUUUCUGAUUUGGAUGAGGAGGAGGAUCUUGAGGAUAUUGAGGAUUGGUUGGGUAAUGACUCGGCUGCUGAUUCGAGUGAUUAUGAUGAGGAGAGUGAUGAGAGUGAGGAGGAGAGCGAUGAUGAGCCUCCUAGUGAGGAUGAGAAGAAGAAGUCUACGCCUGGUGCUAAGCGGAAGGCUGUUGCUCCUACACAGAAGCCUAGGAAGAAGGGCCCUCGUAUUGAGAUUGAGUACGAGACUGAGGGUGCUGAUCGCGACACUGUUAUGGCUUAG